GUGAAUGAUUUAUGUUCUUUACUAGGAGAAGUCCGCUUUAAAAGGCCAAGAAGACACAACCUACUCACACACAUACCGUGAGUUGAGAUCAAACCCUCUUGACUGACAAUGGAGGGUGCUAUUGGUGUGCUGGUGUCCCAGUUCAAGGCGUUUGCUGGCAGCGAUGGUUCCUCUGACACACUGAGCAGAGAUGAGUUCCACAGACUGGUCAAAUCAGAGCUCCCUAACUUUGUCAAGAAAGCUGCUGACCCCGCUGCCAUCGACCAGCUUAUGAGCUCAUUGGACAAGGACAGUGAUGGAGAGCUCAACUUCCUGGAGUUCUGGCAGCUGAUUGGGCAUCUUGCAAGCAAACAUGGGGGGUUCAGCCAAUAGAGUGGGCCGUCCUCAGAAACAGUUAGUUCUGUUACAGUUUCAUGCGCGUAACUGACUUGUCUGUGUGCCAUACAGUUUGAACAAAUUGGAAAUCAGCCAAAUGAAAACACCCUAAAGUCUGUUUCAACUGCACAUCACCGUUGUUUUUUUUAACAGUAGUCUGCAUUUCUUCUCACUCCUUCCUCUCACCAGCAACUGGCACAGACUCUGUCACCGAAUACUAUUGAACAAUUUGCAACAUUAGCAACAUUAGAACCAGUCCUAACUGUUUCUCAGAACACACACACACACACACACACACACACACACACACACACACACACACACACACACACACACACACACACACUAGCACUCAAAGCUGCUUGUGCUUACAGGUCUACCAGGCAGUUGCAGAUUGUGAAUGCAUAUUGUCUGAAAACUGACUGUUAGUGUGUGUCUCUGUGUGUGUGUUUAAGCAUUGUGUAUUAUUGACUUUUCUAAUUACUGUAAAAGGCAUCUUGUGAUGUUCAUCAUCUCCCUCUAGCAAACAAACAAGAGCUUUGUUGUUGGCAGAGCAGGAUUUUCUAUUUAAAGCUGGAAAUAAAAUGAAAACAAUACGUUAAAAAAAG